GUAUAAUGUUAUAAAACACGUAGCAAACUGUUGGCCAGGAGCAGAAAACUAUCUGUCGCCUCAAGUAGCGUAACGUCGCGACGCUGACCGACGCUUCUUACGAAUACGUCGCACCGCUACUAGGCGUCCUUCCUUCAACUGACGUCCCUCUUCAGAGGAGGCUACGACACGUUCCGGGGAAGUCUGCCCCAUCGAGUGGAUAACUGAACCACAGCAUACCACAGGAAGCUAUGUUGGGUCUACAGUCGAGUUUGGGGUCCCUAAAGAUGACCCUCUUCAGUGUACUGCUACUGCAUCUUACUGUAUUGGUCCUUGGCACAGCAUCAGCGCCUUCUGAGACGCACGAGACUGCUGAAGAAUCAUCGCCCGUUUCAGCCGGUGGUAUGGGACUAGUGCCUCAACUUGAAGACUCAUCAUCGGCCGAAAACGCCGAAUUGGAUUUCGUCAAACGACUUUAUGACUUCGGUCUCGGGAAACGAGCCUACAGCUACGUGUCCGAAUACAAGAGACUACCUGUUUAUAACUUUGGCCUGGGCAAGAGAAGUAAGAUGUACAGCUUUGGGCUGGGGAAGCGGUCGGGGACUGAAGGUAGGCUGUAUUCUUUCGGCCUCGGUAAACGGGACUACGACGAUUACGCUGAAGAGAAUGAAGACGAAGAUCAAACGAACGGAGAUGAGGAGUUUGAAGACUCUGAUCUGGAUCUUAUGGAGAAACGUGAGAGGCUUUAUUCAUUUGGUUUAGGAAAGAGAGCAAGACCUUACAGUUUCGGACUUGGAAAGCGAAGCCCUUCUUCAGGUAUUCAGCGACUCUAUGGGUUUGGUCUUGGCAAGAGGGGAGGUUCUUUGUACAGUUUUGGACUCGGCAAACGUGCUGAUGGCCGACUAUAUUCUUUCGGACUAGGGAAGAGACCUGUCAAUUCUGGUAGACAAUCUGGGAGUCGUUUCAAUUUUGGCCUUGGAAAAAGAUCUGACAUAGAUUAUAAUGAAUUUGAUGACGAACUUGGGGAGGAAGCAAAGGGAUUUCCCCAAGGACAUAGAUAUUACCUUGGGCUGGGAAAACGAGAGGUGGCUCCCAGUGAACUAGAUGCCAUCAGGAAUGAAGAACGAGAAAAGAUAAAUUAUCGGGAUGAAAGCAGGAAGAACGAGACUGCUGAAGGACACCACUCUGGCGAAAGAGUGAAAAGAAGUCUUCACUACGCUUUCGGCCUCGGCAAACGAGCGUACGAUCUGGAAUCAUCCACAAUUGACACCGAUGAGGAUGACGAGGCACGUAAUGAUUUUGCGAGACUCAUCCGUCGACCCUUCAACUUUGGCCUCGGUAAACGGAUUCCGCUCUACGAUUUCGGCAUAGGAAAACGGUCGGAGCGUUAGAAUUUGACUCUAUUCCUCCCGCCCUCCCCCAUCAGUCCAAACAUCAGCUGAUAAUUUCCUCCUCCUUCCAUGUCUCUUUCAAUAUAAUUACUGACUCUAAGUGUACAGAAAAUAAACAAGUAUAAUGCUUUCAAAACCUACAACUCGAAAGCGUUUAUGCAAUUCGCCAUCAAGAGUGAAAUUGUUCCAGUCACUCUGAACAGGCCAAAUACCUAAUUAUUUAUUUUUUUGUUAUAUAAUUAAAUGCAAUUGUAAGUAAUGGUAUAAGAAAUUUGUGUUACCUUCUUAAUGUAUCCCUGAGUGUGCAAUAUACCACGAUUUACUCUGUUGUUUAAA